GGCGCGAACCACGUUUCUCGUCCCGUCUAUUAUCGUGUCGAUCGCGUGUUUCGUUGCGUUGUUUACCUCUCGCGAGCAUGCAAAAUGGCACCUAAGAAGUGGCGCCUGAGAGCGAUCCAGGAACGAAAAUGCGUACCGAUCGUCUCUUUCUCCCACGGCUCGCUGAACGCGUCGACGCGGCUGCCGGCGACCGUCUACGAGCACGACGUGAUCACCGGCGGUCGCACCAGGACCCGCCGCGUCCUGACCUGCGAGGCCGACGGCUUGGAGUACGUCGGCGAGAACUUCGGCGAGCACGGACUCAGAGCCAACGCGCAGUGCAACCACUUCGUGGCCGUCGAAAACGUCGCCACGGGCGCCGUCUCGCUCUACCCGGCCGAACUGAUCUCGAUGCGACCGUACUUCGCCAAACGCGCUGCCGCCGAAGGCGCCUCCAAGGCGGACGCCAAAACCUUCCGCGAGCAGGUGGACGCCCUGGCGACGGCGUUUGGUAGCAAGCGCAAGAGGAAAGCCGUGGAGACGCGUCUCCGUUUGAACGUCGAAGAUGGCACCCUCCACGAGACGACCGCAAGCACGCUGGCCGCCGUCAAGGACAGUCUGGCGGCCCUCGACGCGACGGUAGACAAGCCCUCUCCGGCGGGCGUCGUCGUUGACUCCAUACCGCCCCAGAACCGUGAGGCGACCGUGCGGCAGGACGUGUACCGCAUCGAAGACCUCAUCCCCGCCGAGCACGCCGACUACCUCGACGAAGUCGCCGAACCCUUGCUGAACGCGACGCCCGAUCAGAUCUCCCAGUGGAGGUCGGAGGCCACCUACCCGGAGUACGUCACAGAGCGGGUCACGCGCCUUUCCGGUGACGACGAGUACAGGGUCAUCGAGGCUAGACUCCUCGCCUUCUACACCAUGCUGGUCUCGGUCUCUCGCUUGAGGUACACCGACGUCAAAAAGAAGGACCCCCUGCCGGACAUAGCGCAGCCGCUCAAGGGUGUCCUCCUGGACACCUUCACGCUGACGUCACGAAGCGAGAGGGGCGUGACGUCGCGGAACUUCCCACAGAGGAUGAAGGACAAGGUAUUAGCCUACAUCCUGGUCGUGGUGCUCAUACUGGAGGAGUACAAGUUCGACUUCAAAACGGUCCAGCUGGACACCAAGGCGUCAGACAGGAUCCUGACUACACUGGCGUACGCCCUCGGAUGCCACGUGGGAACACGAAAGACUCCCGGCUCGCGGGUUGGCAGCAAGUUCAUGGAGCUGAAGCUGCCCCUCGUAGACCCGAGUCAGCAGCAGCGAGCCAAAAAAAGCAGGAUGUGAAGCGUGUUUUUUUUGUUGUUGUUGCAUAAAGGAGAGUUGUACAGUGAUGUCACAAAGCUCUGUCUGUACCGACUGUUUAUGCGUCGAUUGCACUGACUGAUGCCACUGAAACUACUAUGCUAGAGUACAGUGAACUAGUUCACUGUACUCCAGCAACAAGGCCUGCAGUAUACUGCAGGCCUUGUUGUGGCCAGAAGUGGCUAGUACUUGACGUUUCAAUGAUCGAGUCACUCAACCACUGCAGGCCUUGCAGUGGCCAGAAGUGGCUAGUACUAACGUGGCUUCUGUAUACAUGACGUAUCAACUAUUGAGUCACCCAACUACUGCAGGAGUUGCUGUGGCCAGAAGUGGCUAGUACUUGAUGUUUCAACUAUUCAGUCACUCAGCUAUUGUAGGCCGUGCAGUAGCUAGAAGUGGCUAGUGCUAGUGUGGCUCCUGUAUACAUUUCAUAUCAACUAUUGAGUCACUCAACUACUGCAGGCCUUGCUGUGGCCAAGAGUGGCAAGUACUAACAUUACUGUAUACAUGACGUAUUGACUAUUGAGUCACCCAACUACUGCAGGCCUUGCUGUGGCCAGAAGGGGCUAGUACUAAUAUAACUUCUGCAUACUUGACGUAUCAACUAUUGAGUCAGUCAACAACUGCAGGCCUUGCAGUGGCCAGUACUAACACGACUCCUGUAUACUUGCUAUCGACUAUUGAGUCAGUAAUUAACAGCAGGUUUGGGUGAGGCCACAUGUGGCUAAUACUAAGAUAAUGCGUGCUGCUGCACAGUGCACACUUAGUAUGUUGGUAUUGCUACAGAGCGGUUGCUCUUAUGGCAGUUCUUGUAAUUCUGCCCGUAGCGACUUCUAUAUUUUAAAAGCGAGAGCCAGAGAUGGAUGAAAAUGGCGCAUGGCCCACAUGUAGUACUUAGCUACUUGCAUGCGAGUGUAAUGUGCCCUUUGUGUGUGGAUCUGGUUUGUGCUUUCCAAAUGUAUGCGUGAAUUCCUAACAUGCCCAGGCAUCAACUUUUGUGAUUCUUAUAUUGAGCAUUAGUCUCCACAAAUGAGCAAGUUUCUUCAGCAAAAGUGUUGGAACAUGCCAAUUGUUUUACUAUGGGGGGGGGGGUCAUUUUUGAGGUUUUGAUAUCAUUCCUAUCUUUUGUAAAGGUGGCACAUGAUGGUGCAUUUUGCUCGAAGGCGUGCUUAGUAACAUUACUUGCCCGUGCCAUGAAAAGGGCGUAGCUUCUCUUAGCAGUGCCAACUGGCACCAUCUAAGCUUUUUUUUUUUAUUGAGAAAGAGCUCCGACAUGGUGACGAUAAUAUGCAAUAUAGCACUCAACUGUUGUAGACAGAUAAGCUGUUUAUUUUGAAUAAGAGGCCGAUUACUAAACACAUGACAAUGGGUAAACUUUUCUUUUUUUCUCUUAAUUUCACGACAUUAACCAAUGAGCUAAUAUGUCAUCAUGUCGUCACUGGUUUGAGCGCGUUUUUUGUCACCUUAGUCGUCACAAUGCAGUAAAUGCUAUCGAAACUUGUGACAUCCUAUCUUUGGAUGUCUCUAUACGAGACACUAAUGCCCAUCAUGUCCCAUCAGAUAUAAUGACCCUAAUUCUAUGUCUGUCAACUUCUUCACAAGUUUUGAUUACACACCGUCUUUUGCAGAGAGCAGUUUAGUGCCCUACACUUAGGUUAAGAUGGGUGGCAACAUAUUGUGCUAUAUGAUGACACCAGUGGCACGGCUAUGCAGUUCGCUAAGCUAACACACAUGGUGGUUGGCACUCCAAUGAGAUAACAGAUGCAGCAGUAGACAUCCAAUCAAGGCAGAAGUUUUCGGGAAACUGGAGGCUUGCCAUGAUUGAUGAGUAAUCACCAAACAAGGAAGGUUUCUGCAGUCAAAAUUAUGCGCAAAGAGAUUCGACUUGUCACAAUGUUGCCUUUGUCGAUGUCCAUCGCUGAAUGUUUUUUUUAACGAGGCUUCCACGGGGGCUAGUAGUAUGGCAUUGUUCUCCAAAACAAUACGAGAGGGCAGGACACAUGUUUGCAGUGAUGUGUCUUGUCCCGAUUGCGCACGUGUCCUGUUUUGUCCGAGUGUGUCCUACACCGCAAAAGAAACGAACGAUUUCUCAUGACUAUGGUUGAGUCACGGACUUGCCAUCCCUUGACUUUUAUCCUAUCUUUGUAAACUUUUUAAAAACGUUGCCCUCGUUAACAAUCCUUGUUCUACCUACAUCUUCUUGCCACAUGUGGAACAGCCAUUCUGAGAGCCAGGCAACCGGCCAAAGUUUCUUGGUGCUUUGGCAACGCUUUCGACGAAAUAAAUGACACAUGGAGCCACGAA